AUGGGUGGCGCAAGAAGUUUGGUUGCCAAGGCAAAUCAUAGUAAUGUAGGCCCAUUAAUUUUAAUGGCCUUGGUGUUUGGUUCUUGCGUAGCUAAUGGUGAAUAUGUCGGUGGCCGCCGUGGCCUUGCCGGUACUGCCGGUACGGUCUUCGAUAUUACUAAAUUUGGAGCAGUGGGAAAUGGUGCCACCAAUUCUUUUAAGGCAUUUUUAAACACAUGGAUCCAAGUAUGUGCCAGUCCUGUACCAGCAACGCUACUAGUCCCUAAAGGAGAGUUCUUGACUGGUCCAGUAAUUUUUGCUGGUCCAUGCAAGAGCAAAGUGACCGUCGAAGUUCAAGGCACAAUCACCGCUCCACCAAGCGGAUACGCAACCCCUGAAUGGUUCUUAUUUGAACAUGUCGACAAUGUUCUUCUCACCGGACCCGGCACAUUCCACGGCAAAGGUGAAGCCGUAUGGAAAGCAGAUGGCUGUGGAAAAAAGAUCGACUGCAAUCUUCCUCCAACGUCUCUAAAAUUCAGAAACAUCUUAAAUCUUGAAAUUUCCGGCAUUAGCUCGGUCAAUGCAAAGGCCUUCCACAUGUUCUUGGUGAAAACUACGAAUGUUAACGUCCACAACAUCAAAAUUAUUGCCCCUGCUGAAAGUCCCAACACGGAUGGUAUCCAUUUGAGCAAUGCGGACAAUGUUCGCAUCGUUGACAGUACAAUAGGGACAGGAGACGAUUGUGUCUCUGUAGGUCGUGGUUCCAACAAUGUAACGGUGGAACGCGUGGUUUGUGGCCCAGGACACGGCCUAAGUGUUGGUAGUCUCGGUAAGUAUCCGAACGAGGAGGAUGUUAGCGGGAUUCACUUUAAGAGCUGCACGAUGAAAGGUACCGACAAUGGUCUUAGAAUCAAGAGUUGGGGUGGUUCGUCUCCAAGCAAGGCUACAGACAUUCAUUUUGAAGAUAUUAUAAUGGAAAAUGUGAAGAACCCAAUCAUCAUUGACCAAAACUACGGCUCAAGAGGCGGAGAAUCAAACGUUGCGAUAAGCGAUGUGUUGUUCAAGAACGUAAGAGGAACAACAAUAACAAAAGAUGAAGUUCAAAUAAUGUGCAGCAAAACAGUACCGUGCAAAGGAGUGAACAUCGUUGACAUAAACUUGAACUUCGUAGGUAACAAAGGAGGACGUCCCUCGUCGUCGGGAGGCUUGGUGGGAGCUCUUUGUAACAACGCCAACAUUAUCUUCGGUGGAAAACUUAGUUUCCCAAUGUGUCCCAAAUAA